AUGGACCUAAUUUUAGUUGCCCUAACCUUUACUUCGUCAUCUGCUCAAUCAUCUCUAGUCGAUCCAUUUACUACUGCCCACAAUCCCUGUGAACAUGUUCGUAAUGGUCAAUUUAUCUGUCUAGAUUGUGCAACCUUAGGAUUUUGUGCUCAACGAAAUGGUGUUUGGACAACAUUAACAAUUGGUACUUGUAAAACGGAUCAACAUUUGUAUUGUGACGAGCAGGCACAUGGUUGUAUUUUUCAGAAGACCUGUAAGUCCCAGUCAAGGGGUCAUAAAUUUGAAUGUCAAAAUGCUGGUAUUUACCCAGACCCAUAUGACUGCAGAUAUUACCACAAGUGUGGUGAAAACAAGGAAGCUGAAAGUGAGAUAUGUCCCAAUGGAGCAGCCUACUACCCAGCCACUAAAAGUUGUUCGAUUACAGUCAAUCAUGAGCUGUGUGUGAGACCACAAUACAAUUGUACUACUACGGGUCAAACUGGUGCUUGGCCUACAGAUGCUAAGAUCUUUUAUGUUUGCCUUGGAGAAAGGCCGAUUUUAUAUAAUUGCCAGAGUGGUUAUAGUUUCGUCAAUGGCAAGUGUAACAAGAAUAGCACUCCAGAAAUGACUUGUGUUAAUGAACAUAGUUCUUUGCCCAAUUCUGAUGACUGUCGUUCUUAUUAUAUGUGUACUGAUGGCAUAUUGAUUAAAACUACUUGUCCAAAUGGCAGUUAUUACAAUUCCUAUAGAAAAACUUGUGUAUUUGGAUCUUGCUGA